GGCCAGGGCAGGCAGGGUCCAAAUCUCUCAACGGCUUUCUUGCUUGGCUGUGUGGCUUUCUCGCCUUGGCCUGGCGGAACCUCCGUCAGUUCCGCAUGCCCGCUUGGUUGAGACAGGUCCGUGUCCGGCUGGCCGGCAGAUUCAAAUCGGGGAAAGGCGAGGCGGGGGAGACUGGCUUAGGAGGACGUGAAUAGCCGGAGCUCGAUGAGCAGAUUCCCAGCUUUCUCACUAAUCCUUCUCAUCGAUACCACUGCUCUCGCUCCCGAUAGACGUCGUUUGAUGGUCACACCUUGGUAGAUUCAUUCUCUCUAAUAUCUUCUUCAUCAACGCAUGCUUUUGAUAGCGGGCAGGAGGGCUUUGCACCGCAGCUUCACACGCCCAACCAGCCCUUCAAUCGCUCACCUUCGUCAACUCAGCCACCUAGCCCGUCGACCUGCCGUUAUGGGCAACGACGGAAACGGUGCCAACGGUGGUAGCGGCAGUACUACAGGCGGCCCUCUCUCUCGAAUCGCCGCCAUCGGCCGCCAGCUCCUCCCUUCGUCUCCCUUCUCGACCCGCCCCUCGUCCAAUGACCCGCCGGAGCUCCUCGGCCAUCUAAAGCUGGGAGCAGAUGUUCAGCUGCCCGUCUUUCAGCCUCACGACCCGCUCAGACUACCGGCACAGCGUCUUCUGCUCAACCUUGACGACCCCAACGUCCUCUCCGACUUGACAUGGAUGGGCAAGAAGUGGCAGCUAGGCCAGGACAUCUUCCUCCUCUCGCCCCCUGGACCCUAUGCACGUCAUUUGGCUCUUACCUUCUCAGCACUCCUUCAGGUGCCAUUCGAGUAUGUCUCGAUGCAUCGCGAUGUCGGCGAGUCAGAACUCCUUCAACAACGGUCACUGAGAGCCGGAGGCACCCUCGACUACGUAGACGGACCGGUAGUGCGAGCCAUGAAGAACGGCUCCAUCCUCAUCAUCGACGGCGUACAGAGGGCAGAGCGCAAUGUGCUGCCGCUGCUCAACAACGUUCUCGAGAACCGCGAAGCCAAUCUUGCAGAUGGCACACAGCUCGUCCCAGCCAAUCGGUUGGCAGGGCUGAGGAAGGCUGAGCAGGAGCAGCAGGCUGGCGUCACGCAUGCCACGGGUGUACAGCCCACCUCACGCUUCAUCCCAGUCCACCCCAAUUUCAAGGUCAUUGCUCUUGGUUUGCCGACUCCACCUUACAAGGGCCUUUCACUCGACCCGCCGUUCAGGUCACGCUUUCAAAGUCGCUGGGUAGAGAGCCUGGUGCCCACGAAUGGCUUGCCGCAGUACAAAGUCCAGCCCUCACCCGCUGAGGCCGAUGGCGUCCCUCGCGAGCUUUCAAUAGCUCUUGCACAGCGCAUGAAUGAAUUUACGUCCUUGGUCAAGUACCACGAUCGCUUCGCUGCCGGAGGCGACAUUCUGCCAGAAACGGAGCGCCUUCCCACAAUGCCGCAGACGAUGCUGCCUCUGCUCGAGGAUAUCGUUGAGCUCUUCCCACCUGUCGACGCACUCGUUCCACCACCGACCUCCACCGCCUUCGAAGGACCGCCGGAGGAGAAGUACCCGCCACCGCAGGACGGCGCUCUCCAGGUCUCUGACAUGACUCGGUCCAAGGUCGAAGCCCGUGAGCUCGAGAUGCUCUCUCGCUUUCCCCCGCCUAAGCCAGCUGGCCUCAUCGCGAAAGAGACGCGCGACCUACUGGGAGCAGCUUGGCCAAACCUCUACACGAUAGAGAAGUCUCGCAAGAAGAUCGCCGACGACUUGCUUGAGAAGCUCGGCCUUGACCACGGCAUCGGCGCGGGCACCGGCUCAACGAGCAGCUCUUCGCAGACCGGGACCGGCUUGCUUGGCUACCAUCUCAAGGAAGUAAAUCGACUCAGUGAGACGCGAGCCACCAUGUCGUUUGAGCACGCGACGCGCGCAGGCCGAACUGUGGAAGUCGAGGUACCUUGCGGCCCUCUUACCUUCCGUCAGCUGCCAGAGGUGGGCGAAGUCUACGAUCUCAACGAGCAGAGCGUCUUCGUCACCGCACGCUUGCGAGCCACUCUCACAGCGAUGUGUCAGCUGCAUGCCACUGGCCGCGACUUCGCACUAUUGCCCUCUGCCUUUGCCUCGGAUGCCACUACUGUCCCGCAGUCCUCGUCAUCGACGUCCACUGCCAUCAGUAUCUUUGGCGCUUUGCUUGGAUACCCAGUCGAGUCGAUUUGGCUCUGGAAGGACAUUGGCGGCAACGAGCUCGUCAUGCGUCGCGUCACUACCAAGGAUGGCGACACAACUUUUGAGCCAAGCCCACUCCUCAAAGGUGCAAUGGAAGCCAAGCUCGUACACCUGGCUGGUAUCGAUGUCUUGGGUCCCACGAUGUCGUCCUUGGCUAGCCUCCUGCAGGACCGCACACUGGAGCUGUGGGAGGGUGGUCGAGCAGCACUAGCAGACCCCUCAUCGACUGCUCCUCAACCGAUUGGUCUGGGACACAUUACCCCCAUUCACCCCUCAUUCCGCCUGAUUGCCACCUCUUCAUCGUCCAAGGCCGACUGGCUGAAUGAAGAAGUUUCCACCCUCUUCAGCUUCGUGUCUCCUUCGCCCAUGUCCGAGGCCGAAGAGCAGGAGAUUGUACUCAAACGCUCACAGUGCCCGCCGGGACGCCUCGAGAAACUCUUCACCUUCACGCGACGCUAUCGCGAGCUGAGCUCGGAUCCUGCGCUAGGCCUGAACAAAGGACGCAGGCUAGGCACGAGGUCCCUCAUUCGCAUCGCUCAGAGGAUCGCAAAGUACCCCGAGACGGAUCUCCGCACGAGCAUCGAGCGGGCGCUGCUCGUCGACUUCCUGCCCCGUACCAACCGGGACUUGGUCCGAAAUACGCUGGCAGAGUGUGGACUAUUCACUCGAGGAGCAGAGGGAGCUUUCACGUAUCGUCCACCCGAAUUCCUCGCUGACCCUCGCGCCGAGGCCAAUGAACUUGUCUUCGAGGAUCUCAAUGCGCUAGGCAAGCCAGAAGGCACCACGCGCCUGCCGCUCUUCGAUGUCACGCAGGACGCAGAAGGGGCUCACACCUUGAUCCCAUCGACGGGCAACUUCUACAACAACCCGACUCAGUCGCUCUUACUGCGUGAUCUGGCCAUUGACCUCGAUCUGCACGAGCAUCUGCUUCUCUUGGGCAAUCAAGGAACCGGCAAGAACAAGGUCAUUGACCGCUUGUGCGAAUUGCUGCACCGCCCGCGCGAAUACAUUCAGCUUUCCCGCGACUCGACAGUCAACUCGAUUUUGCAGAUCGUCAAUCUUGAGCACGGUCAGCUCGUCUAUCUCGACUCACCACUGGUACGAGCGAUCAAGCUCGGCCGAAUCUGCAUCGUCGAUGAAGCAGACAAGGUCUCGUCGGCAGUUACGGCUGUCUUCCGUAGUCUGUCAGAGCGUGGUCAAUUGACGCUGCCCGAUGGACGUCAAGUGCGUCCGCCUGGCUCGCAGGGAUCGGCCAACGACAUCAUCGUACAUCCAAACUUCCGCUGUGUCCUGCUGGCCAACCGGCCGGGCGCCCCCUUCAUGGGCAACGAGUUCCUGACAACGCUCGGUGAGGGCUUUUCCACUUUCGCCGUGGGCAAUCCAGACCUCAAUUCUGAGGUGCGCCUCCUCAACCAGGCUGCUCCCUCUGUCAGCGAAGAUCUGAUCAAGCGCCUCGACCUCGCCUUUCACGAUCUGCGUGCGCAAUUCGACGCCGGCCUAAUCAACUACCCAUAUUCGCUGAGAGAGCUCCUUCACAUCGUCCGCCACAUGGACAAGUACCCCGACGAACCCCUCGUGGAUGUGCUGCUCAACACUCUCAGCUUCGACUUGCAUCGCCCGCAAGCGAUGGAGACCGUCGCUGAGGCGCUGAAGCGACGUGGGCUCGAUGUAAAGGGGCUGAGCAUUGCAGAAGUGAGGGAGAAGAAGGAGGAAGAGCUACAGAAGGCCGCAGAGGCGAAGGGCAAGGUGGCUUUUGACCCGAAGAAGGCUGGCAGGGAUACCGAUUUGAACGGACCCAAGGACGGCAAGGUGGACCCUGACAACAAGGAACACUUUGGCGGCAACACCUGGCGAGGCGGCACCGGUGGACGCGAUACGGCUGGUCUUGGUGGCCGUGGAGGCUACGAGCGUUUGCGUUCAGGUCACGAAGUGAAGCAGGUCAGUGACGAGCUGAAGCGUGACGUGCCUCCCGAGAUCAAGGAGCAGGCAAGGAGGAUGGCGCAAGAAGCAUUGGCCCGCAAGCUGGCUGAGGAGGGCCUGAGUCGACACGAAGCGGCUACGUAUGAGGCCUACCGCGCUGAGCUCGAGGCGCCUAUCAAUCACCUUGCGACAGUGCUCAAUGACCUGCAGGCCAACCGCAAGGAGCGCAAUUGGCUCACAAGGCAGCAAGAGGGGGAGCUGGACGAGCGUCGUCUCACAAACGCCCUCUCCGGUGAGCGUGCUGUUUUCAAGCGUCGCGAGGAGGCACCGCCUGAGCCGGGAGCGGCCCAGGUCAAGCCGAAGCGCAUCCGCCUGGUGGUAGACUGCUCGGCAAGCAUGUACUCGAUGUCCUACGACGGUCGACUGGAGCGCGAGAUCAAGAGCGUGCUGAUGAUCAUGGAGGCUAUGGCGCGCGUGGAGCGCUCCAAGAUUCUCUACGACAUUGUUGCCCACAAUGGUGAGACGGCUGCCCUACCACUCGUUGACGCCGCCAAUCCGCCAGAGAACGCUGGCAAGCGCUGGAAGGUGUUGCGCGACAUGACGAGCAGCACGCAGUUCACCAUGAGCGGUGACAACACGGUGGAAGGCAUCGAAGCAGCAGUCACCUCUCUUCCCAAGGCAGAGCCUGACGCCGAAAUGGACGACUACAUUGUCAUUGCGCUGAGCGACGCCAACCUGGGGCGAUAUGGUAUCACAGCCAAGAAGCUGGAGAGGGCAAUGACGAAGAACAAGAUCGACAACGUCAAGGCGGCGAUUAUCUUCAUUGGUGGUGAGCAGGAGGCUGCGAGCAUGGCCAAGGACAUGCCCGGCAAGGCCUUCAACUGUCAGGAUCUCAGGACGCUGCCUAUGUUGCUGAGCGAGUGUCUGGUGGCCAUGGUUGGGCGAGAGGAGUAGCGGGCUUGCAACAUGAUGCCUGGAAAUGCAAAUAGACUCUCUAAUGCGAAUCGCGUUGACGAUGGCAGGGU